GUGGAAUCCGUGGGCGCAAGUUUCCCCGCAUUAUUCAGCAUCGUAGACUUGCUUGGAGCGUUCAUUUAUAAACAUGUAAGGCUCGAAUGUGUGUCAGAGUUUGCUGUGAGCCAACAACUUUUGCGCCCCCGCAGAGGUCAGCGUGUCGUCAUGCCGGAGCGCACUGCCCACAUGUGGACUGUAUGGACAGCUGACCCACCCGCUGCGUCCUCUGACAGCCUCAUCUGACACACUGUGGAGUUUUUUUUUCCUUCUUUUUUUUAAAAAAGGCUUUUAAGAUUUAUUUUCUAACUGGUGCGGCUUUAACUUCUAAAGGACACCCAGAAGCAACAGGGAGACCCCUUCACGUUGCACCAGAUGGAGCCUCCGGUCAGCCCUGGAGACUCACCGGUGGAGUUAACGGUGGAGAAUGUGGAGUCGGCUCUCUACCAGCUGUACUUUGAUCCAGACAUGGAGCGUAAGAAUGUGGCCCAGAAGUGGCUGACCCAGGCCCAGACCUCUGCUCGGGCCUGGAGCUUCUGCUGGGCCCUGCUCAGCCCUGACAAGAUCCCAGAGGUCCAGUUUUUCGGCGCCAGCACCCUCCACACCAAGAUCUCCCGCCACUGGAGCGACCUCCCUGCAGACCAGCACGAGAGCCUCAGGAUGCAGCUUCUCUCCCACAUCUUGCACUUCUCUUCUGGGCCCAAAAUGGUGCUGACUCGUCUGUGUGUAGCUCUGGCCUCCAUGGCUCUGAACUUAAUCCCCCAGGCCUGGUCCCAGCCGGUGGCCGACAUGGUGAGGGCCUUCCAACCGCAGAAACCCGACUCUGAAGACGGCUCUGGUGCGAAGGCCCCUCAGGACCCCCAGUCGCACUGUCUGGCCCUGCUGGAGCUUCUCACCGUCCUUCCGGAGGAGUUCCAGAGCAGCCGUCUGGCUCAAGCCCGCCGUGGCCAGCUGAGGGAGGCUCUGGCCGGGGAGUGGGCGGUGGUGUGUCCCAUGCUGCGACAGCUCCUGCAGAGCCAGGACUCAUCGAAUCAGGUGAAGGAGAAGGUGCUGCGCUGUCUGUCCAGCUGGGUGGGGCUGGAUGUGGCGUUAGGGGAAAGUCACGAACUAGUCCAAGACUGUUUCACUGCUCUGUCCAACCCAGAGCUGUUUGACAUGGCAGUGGAGACGAUAGUUAACGCCAUCUCUCAGCCAGACUGCCAGAGGUACGUUAACGCUCUGGUGAACCUGCUGCCUCUGGUGCUGGGUCUCCAUGACCAGCUGAAGACGGCGGCUCAGAAUGGAGACAUGGAAACCUCUCAUGGUAUCUGUCGUAUUGCCGUUGCUAUGGGCGAAACACACUCAAGGGUUUUGUUGGAACAGGUGGACCACUGGCAGGAAUAUCUGGCUUUAGUCAACAUGAUCCUGUUCUGUACGGGCAUCCCUGGACAUUACCCCGUUAGUGAGACCACCAGCUCACUUACACUCACCUUCUGGUACACUCUGCAGGAUGACAUUCUGUCAUUCGAGGAGGACAAGCAGGCAGUUUACCUGCAGGUCUACAGGCCCAUUUACUUCCAACUAGUGGACGUUCUGCUACAUAAAUCCCACUAUCCCUCCCAGGAGGAGUACGAAUCCUGGUCCUCAGACGACAAAGAGCAGUUUCGAAUUUACAGGGUAGACAUCUCUGACACUCUGAUGUAUGUGUAUGAAAUGUUGGGUGCAGAGCUGCUCAGUAACCUCUAUGACCGACUGGGCAGACAGCUGAUGGACCCUCAGCAGUCGGCGGUGUGGCAGGACACUGAGGCCUUGCUGUUUGGCUUCCAGUCCAUAGCUGAGACCAUCGAUGUGAACUACUCUGAUGUUAUUCCUGGCCUCAUUGGUCUGAUCCCCAGAAUCAACAUCAGCAACAUCAUGCUGGCCGACACUGUCAUGUACACCAUAGGGUCUCUGGCCGAGUGGCUGGCCGACCACCCGGUGAUGCUGGGUGGGAUAUUACCCAUGGUGCUUCAGGGCCUGGUAAAGCCAGAGCUCUCUGUGUCCAGUGUGUCUACGCUGAAGAGGAUCUGCAGGGAGUGCCGGCUCGACCUGGGCCCCUACGCUCAGGACAUCCUGACGGUAUCACAGGAUGUGCUGGUCAAAGAGAUCCAUAAGAGCAGCCAGUGCAUGUGGCUGAUGCAGGCUCUGGGUUUCCUGCUGUCCGCUCUGCCGGCUGAGGAGAUUUUAGGCCGACUGCACUCGCUCAUCACUCCUCACGUCCAGCAGCUGGAUACACUGGCUCAGCAGGAGCCCAAUCCCGCUAACAAACAGAGCAUUAUUCACAUCCUGGGGAUGCUGUCGAGUCUCUUCACCACUCUGGACAUCAACAGACAGACAGACGGCCUAGAGGGAGCAGCCAGUCCCAGACUCACACCACCUCAGAGCACACAAAACCCUGUUGUAGUUGUGCUGCAGCAGGUGUUCACUUUGAUCCAGACCAUCCUCAGUAAAUGGCUCCAUGACUCAGAUGUGGUCGAGGCAGUGUGCGGGGUUUUUGAUAAAUCGGUCCGAACCCUCCUACAUGAUUUCGGGCCGAUGGUGGCCCAGCUGAGCGAGAUGCUGGGGCAGAUCUACAGCGCCUUCCCACAAGCCUCGGCUCUGGACCUGGCACGUCAGAUGGUUCACAUAUUUGCUGGAGAGGAGCAUCACAUCUCAAACAUCAGAAGCCUUAUUGAAGUGUUGACAUCCACCACACUUAAUAUAUUUCAGCAAGGUCCAAGGGAUCAUCCUGAUAUUGCUGAAUCAUUUAUGCACCUUCAUGCUCAGAUUCUUAAAAGGAAGCCUGAUUUGUACCUGUCUGACCAGUUGGAUGUUAAAGCGUUGUUUUACUGUGGGAUCCUGUCUGUCAAGUUUCCAGAGACACCCACAGUGAAAGCUGCCAGCAUGUUCUUUACAGAGUUCUUGAGUCGCUGUAAAGACGUGCCUUCGCUUGGUGACGUGCUGCAGAGGGACGGAAAGCUGCUGACAGAAACCAUUCUGCAGGCGGUUGGAGGUGGGUCUCCUCGCAGUCUGACAGAACAUUUCUCUGAGGUGCUGCUGAGUCUAAACAGACAUUGUCCAGCUCUUCUGUCCCAGUGGCUCAAAGAAACACUGCAGACUCCAGGGUUCCCCUCAGCUCAGGUCUCCACCGAGCAGAAACACACCUUCACCCAGCAGCUCCUAAGGGAACAAACCAACAAGCGUCGCGUUAAGGAGAUCGUAAAAGAGUUCUCUUUGCUCUGCCGAGGCCUGCAGGGAUCUGGAUACUCAGAUUACUAGUCAGAGCUGUUGUUGCAUCUCAAGUUUUCUCCCUCCGCACGCCUUUGAGCAAAGUCAGAAUGAAGUCUAACAUGCAAGAACCCAAAACAAUCUCAACAUUUCAGCAAUACUUGGUGCCCAAUAGGACUACUCACUGGAAAACUGUAAUACCUGGAUUGAACCGACUCAGAAAGACACAUGAAGUGGACUGUUAUUAUGUAAAGCGGGUUUCUGUGCAACGUGUUUUUAAUAAAAUACCUCUGGCAUGAAUGCACAUUGUUCUAAACCUCUGCUCAAUCUUUUUGAUGACUGACAAAACAACAAUAAAUUGAUCUGUUGUUGCA